AUGCAUCCAUGCAGGGUAUACGCAAACAUACGCAACGGCGUUUGUGGACGUCAACGUGCCCCACUUUGCCGCGCAGGACUUCGAGCAUUACACUACAAGAGACACGCAGCUGCACGCGUGCUCUCGCGGGGUCUCGUGCUGCGGUCGAUGUCACGGCUGACGCUGCCUCCCUCCCUUCGGCGAUGGUUUCUUUGGUACCCGCGUCGCGGAGGCGAGUUUCUUGGUGACAUGCUUGCUGGCCACAAUCUCUUUAUCGCCGACGUUCCCCGCAAGUUUGACGCCCAGCAUGCGCGCCACUUCUCCUUUACCGAUUCGCUCUGCAUCACACCACUUUUUGCGCUGACGAUGGUCCACUAUUUCUCCAGCUUUUUUCUUUACCCCACGCGACGGCAGAUGUUUCCGGUGCUCAUGACAGAGCUCGCCCGCAAGACGGAGGCACAACUGCAGUGGAUGGACGUCAUGGCGAAAAGGUCGCCCGAGGGCGUGAUUGCGUGGCGGGCCCUGAUGGCGGUGACGCAAGUUGUGCUUUUCCCCGCUUGGCUGCUGCUUGCUUCUUUUGCCCCGCAGCUGCUGCACGCCAUGCUGGAGCGUACAAACCACAUCCUGCACCAAAAACUUGCCUGCGUCAGCAAGGAUGCUCCGCCGUUUGUGCAGCAGUACAUGACUGAAGCCCGUGAGGCGGAGGCUUUUCACAGCCAACAGCUAUGCAUCCCCACCGACUACUGUGCGGCUCUUCUUAUCACUCUGUUGGUGCUGUACUUGACGUCGUAG